AGACUCUCUCUUCUACAGUCCUACUUAUUGGUUCACUCUUCGUAACUACUGCAAUGAGUCUACCGAGUACCAAUGUCAAGACGAUAUACGGGAUUCCAGGCAGCGGCUGGACUAGCCCGCAAUGGCAAUGGGGAUAUGGGGUCGGUACCGGUCAUGAUUGUGCGGCUAUCUGUAGGCGGUUAUACGAAAAGCGCCAGUUCCGCGUCGAGUUGGUGGAACAGCUAAUCGAAUCCUCGAAUCCAUCCAAUCGCGUGCCGGCCAAUUUUGAAGAGGUCAAACUCGUGUUGGCAUUGGUGUGGCAAAACGGGCGAUGGAACGGGAAAGACGGCGGCGAAGGCGGCUACGGAGAAGUGCUGCAAGAAAUGGCAUCGGCGCGGCGUUACGAAAACGGCCCGGACGACGAAUGUUCAGGAUUACUGGUGCGCGAUAUGGCCAGGCGAUUUCCACUUCUAAAUCCAUCAGGCGAGCAGCAGAAAUUGAUGGAUCAGCUAUUGAAAGACGCGGAUUCAGACUACGACUUCGCAAGAAGGCGGUGUAGCGGUCUGGUUUUGCAGGCGAUGGGAUUUGUUGAACAGGGAUGUUAA